AUGAACGCUUUUGGACACCAAGCCUCCAGCCAGCAGACCAGCCCGAUCCAGGCCCACAGCGCGCAGGAGCUCCUGGACAUGGCCGUGUACUGCGACAACUACGGGGUGUACCAGCAGAACCUGCACCACCACCACCACCACCCCCCCACCCAGAGACCCCCCACCCACCCGUCCGGGUACGGCCUCGGGGAGUACACGUCCCCCUCCGCGAACCCGUACCUGUGGCUGAACGGACCCGGCAUCAACCCCUCGCCGUACCUGCCCGGGAACAGCGGCACGUCCUACAUCCAGUCCGGAUACGGCUCGAACCAGCGGCAGUUCCUUCCACCUCCCACCGGGUUCGGGGGCGCAGACCUGGGCUGGUUGUCCAUCUCCAGCCAGCAGGAGCUCUUCAAGAUGGUCCGGCCACCGUACUCCUACUCGGCGCUCAUCGCCAUGGCCAUCCAGAACACCCAGGACAAGAAGCUGACCCUGAGUCAGAUCUACCAGUACGUGGCCGAGAACUUCCCCUUCUACAAGAAGAGCAAGGCGGGCUGGCAGAACUCCAUCCGGCACAACCUGUCACUGAACGACUGCUUCAAGAAGGUGGCCCGGGACGAGGACGACCCCGGAAAAGGAAACUACUGGACCCUGGACCCGAACUGCGAGAAGAUGUUCGACAACGGCAACUUCAGGAGAAAGAGGAAGAGGAGAUCCGACCUGACCGGAGCGGACAGCACGUCUCCCCAAAGCAAGUCCGAGGACAAGCUCUCCGACACCGGCAGCAUGCUGAGCUCCUCCCCGCCCAGCCUGCACGGCUCCCCGGCCUCCACGGAGCCCAAGUCCUCCCCGUCCCCCCCCUCGGAGCACAGCCCGUGCUACAGCAACUUCGUGUCCAGUGUGAGCUCGCUGCUGGCGGCCACCACCACCACCAGCAACACCACCAGUAUCACCAGUACCGAGGGCUCCAGGGCCGGGGAGCGGGACUACGGCACCGGGCACCUCGGGGGGUUGUCCCAGAGCAGAGAGGCCAUGUCCGGACUGGGCUCCUACUCGCCCUCGUUAGUUUCUCCACUGAACUCUGACAACAACAGAAUCAACUACUACUCCUCAGUACAGAGCCUGUCCAACCACUUCAGUGUCAACAACCUCAUAUACAACCGGGAGGGAACGGAGGUGUAA